UACAGACAGACUGCAUCUCCAGAAGAGAAACCGAGCGGAUCUGGAAUAAACGACAGAAGAGACGUUCAAAUCAAAUGAGUGAAAGCACAGCGUUCAUCCGACUCCUCGUGGGGCUCCUGCUCACUGCGACAGGUGUUCACGCCUCCUGUCCCCUCGAGCUGAGCCCCCCCAGUGUCGUGGUCAGAUAUGGAGACUCGGUCUCAAUCAACUGCACCACAUCGGAGACGGCGAUUCAAGGAAUGGGCUGGGAGGCAUCAAAAGGAGGCACGGGUCUAGAGCAUGUCACCCAUCUGAACUGGACCGUGGCGAACCUCACUGCAUGGGAUACCUCCAUCUUAUGCUUCGUCAACCUACUAGACGGCAGUCAAUGCACCAAGAAUCCGACCGUUGUACUUUACACAUUCCCAGAAACCAUCAGGAUCAAGUCCAGCAGCGGUCCACAUGGUGUGAUGCAUGAAGGGAGGAUAUAUAACUUCACCUGUGACAUCUAUAAUAUAGCACCUGUUGGAAAUCUCACCGUUAGGUGGUUCAAAGGAGAUGCAAUGGUGAAGGAAAAAACUUUUGACAAUACCAGUAAGAAACCAGUGAAUAUAUCGCCUGUAUUCAGCUUCACACCGACCAGACAAGACAACGGAGUCUCGCUCAGAUGUGAGGCACAUCUGGACCUGCUGCCAGAAGGACCUCGACUUAAUGCAUCUUCACAAGAGUUUAAUAUAACAGUUAACUUUGGACCAGAUACCGAUUGUUUUUUAGAAUAUGAACUGGGGUUAAAAGAAGGAGCAACAUUGGAGAGUGGAUGCCAUGUGAAAGGACGUCCCACCCCCAACGUCAGCUGGAUGAAAGAUGACCGGCCCUUCGACCCGACCGUCCCUCUCAGCAGGGCGGAUGCAGGCUGGUACCACAUUAAGGCUGAGGGCGCCACCAUCAUCGAGAAAAAAUUGUUCGUUCCUGUAAUGUAUGGACCAGAGCUAAAUUGUCCUAGCCUGUACACAGCAGUGGAGAACGUUCCUCACAACUUCUCCUGCACUGUGGGGGGCUAUCCACAACCCAAAAUCAUCUGGUACAAAGACGGCGAGGAGGUGGUACUUCCAAACAACCUAACAAGAGGAGAUUCAGGACAGUACUUGAUCACUGCUACAAGCAAUGUGUCAAGCGACAACCUCACAGUGAACAUCACUGUCAAAUACCCUCCAUCACAGAUUGUUGAGCUGGAGGACUCUGAAGUUGACGUUGGUUCUACCGUGUGGCUGAAGUGCCACUCCACGGGGAACCCACGACCACAAUACUCAUGGGAUUAUUACGAGACCACCAAUGUGAUGGUGGAGAAUGAAGAUGGAGUGUCCCGUUUGCACAUCCAGAAUGCCACUGCAUACAACACGGGCUCCUACACGUGUCACGCCUCGAACAACAGAGGAAAUGUCUCUAAAACAGUCAGAGUCACGGUGAAAGGUGCCAGGCCAGAAUGUCCAAUCAAGAUAACGCCAGACCGGAUGGUGGUGCAAUACCAAGAGAGAGGCCAGCAGCAAGCGACAUGCAAACCAACAUCCGCAGACUCCACACAUGUCACUGAAAUAUACUGGGAGGUGCAGGGCGAAAGAACCAACAGCAAGAUUUGGUUUGCUGACACGGAUAAAGACUGGGACCCACAGCCUGUUUGCAAUGUGACGUUCAAUGUAAUAGGACCAUGCCAGAAGCAUUUAGACUUCACCCUCUACAAAAAACCAGACAGCGUCUCCAUCCGUCAUGUGGAUGCUUUGAGCUCAGUGGUGGAGGAGGGGGAGUUCCAGCUGCAGUGUGACAUCACCAGCGUUGCUCCGGCAAGAAACGUCACUGUGCAUUGGUACAGAGGGGAUGAAACCCUCGAGCCGCUGAGCAAAGGCUCGCUGCAAGUGACCGGCUGCCUGUCUGACAACGACACAGACUGUGACCCGAGUGUCGUCCGAUCCCCGCUGAACGUGUCGUCCACCAUCAGCAUCACUCUGAACAGAAGAGACAACGGCACAGAGUUCAGAUGUGAGGCUCAGCUGAAUCUGGGACCCGGAGGACCGCAGCCUGCUCCGAGCAUGACAUCCAGUCCUCUCAACAUCAGCGUCUACUAUAAGCCCGUCAUUAAUACCACGAAGCUUCCAAAGGAGAUCCCGGUGUUCAGCGGUUAUCCUGAGGUGCUGGUCUGUGAGGCCGACGGUCACCCGCCUCCAAAGAUCAAGUGGUUCUACAGCUUAGACAAAGAGCCCCAUCUGUCUGGAAACACGCUCACUGUGUCCGAGGCCGGCGUCUACAACUGCAGCGCCACCAAUGAGGUUGCUUCUGUCUACUAUGAGGUCAAAGUGAUUUUAAAAGAGGACUACCUCCCCCUCAUAGCUGGAUUCGUGGCGGUCACAGUCGUUGCCAUCUCCGUCGUCUUCAUCUUCUUCUACUCGAUCUACUACAAGAACACCAAGAUGCGCCGUUACAGUCUUAAAAACGCCAAACUGGACACCCACAACAGCAACGUAGCCCAUAACGGCUGGGACAUGCAGUUCCCAAUGACCAAACUUCACACUAACAGGAAGCGCUCCACGUCUGGCCUCUCCCAAGAAGUAGAGCAGGAGGUGCGCGUGGACGCAGAAUUGGAGAAAAGUUUAUUAGCUGGACUUUGUUUUGUUAUUCCCACUUCAGUCAUACAGGUGUUUUCUUAUUGGCAGCCUGUUGAAAUCAUGAGGUGGUUCUUCAUACUGACCGGGGUUAUAGCUUUUACAGGAAAGCCUGUGGACUCUUCCUGUCCCGUCCAGCUGAGCCCUCCCAGAGUUGUGGUGAGAUUUGGAGACUCCUUGUCGAUAAACUGCAGCUCAACAUCGGACCAGAUAGUCUUCAUGGGCUUGGAGUCCAUGUACGGCAGCACAAAGAGUGAAAAUGACUCCUUUGUUGUCUUAGAAAUAGCCUCUGUGAGACACUGGGACCUCGAACCUAUCUGCUACAUCAACCAGAAACAUGUGGAACAGUGUUUAGUAACCCUACCGGUCACCGUUUACAAAACGCCAGACAGUGUGUCCAUCUCUCAGCCAAGUGUACCGGGCCCCAUGUUAGAGGGCCAAAAGUACCGCAUGCAGUGUGACAUUGCUAAUGUUGCACCAGUAAGAAAUGUCUCCGUCCACUGGUACAAAGGAGAUAAACUGGUCCACACGGAGAGGCUUGACGGGUCCAGUCAGUCUCCAGUCAACACGACGUCCGUCUUCAAUCUGACGGCCCAAAGAGGUGAUGACCAAACUCAGAUCUGGUGUAAAGCACAGCUGAACUUCUGGGGAACAGUACCAAAAGUGCCCUCGGUCAAGUCGGAGUCACAUGACCUGAUUGUACUGUACUCGCCAACCUUCCUGGAGCCCAAAAAUGAGACGAUAGAGCUCUCUGCUGGCAGUAAAUUAAUUUUAAGAUGCGACGCUAAAGGAAACCCAACGCCGGGAUACAGCUGGGACUGCGCACACCCCAUACAACAGACCGCUGCUCUAAAUGAGACUCAGUCCAUUUUGGCCCCGUCCAUAGAGCUUUCCGGGACCUAUAAGUGCACAGCGUCAAACAGCCAGGGCUCCAAGACCAAAUACUUCACUGUCACCGAAGCUAAACGGAACCGCACCACCUUGGCAGCCUUGGUUGGAGGAUUUGCGUUCCUGGGAGUCGCGCUCAUGGUUGCCGGUCUGUUUUUUGUGACCCCUGAUGGCACGUUUUCUUUCAGCAAAGGCGGCUAUCUCAUGGGACGGCCCGUCUCGUCUGGACCCUCAGCUGGGAUGAAGGGGGCCCUUUUGUUCCAACAUAGUUCCCUGCAGAGUUGCCAAGCUUGUUCAAGUUGGGAUUCUCUCUCUCUCUCUCUCCUCCAUCGACGGCUCAGUGCAGAAAAUAACAUGGGAAACAACUUUCUCAAAUGGAGCCUGACCCUUUGCAUGUUUUACUCUGUGUCAGGUGAAGGCUGCUCCCUCAUCCUCAAGCCCUCCCGGGUGGUGGUGGGCUUCGGGGAGCCGGUGUCGGUCAGCUGUGAGGCCGCCCGCCCGGUUCGUGUCCUCGGCUGGGAAUCGGCCAUCAGUGCGGCUCACACCCAGCAGGAGCUGUCGGUGCAGUGGAAGGUGGACAGCCUCAUCGACUGGAUCGAGGAGCCCAUCUGUUACGGGGUGUUCUUCACGGCUCCCAGACAGUGUGAGGAGAAACUCAACCUGGUCCUCUACAAGACCCCAGAUAGCGUCUCCAUCCGGCCUGUGAACCACAGCGGCCCCAUGGUGGCGGGGAAAGAGUACCAGCUUCUCUGCGAGGUUCAGAACAUUGCUCCGGUCCAGUACCUCACCCUGAGGUGGUACAAGGGCCAGACCGAGGUUUACAACCACUCCUUCUCCGAUCUCACAUCUUCCUCGCCUGUCCAAGUGUCCUCCGUCCUCAUGGUCACACCGACCAAAGCCGAGAACGGAGCACAGUACAGGUGCGUAGCGGAGCUGGAGCUCGGACCAGAGGGACCACGACCUCCUCCCUCUGUGACCUCGGAGCCUCUUAAUGCCUCCGUGUACUUUCCCCCGACGUUCCUCAGUCCAGAUCCAGAGGUUUUGGACCUUGUUGUGGGCGCUGAAAUGACCUUGGACUGCACAGCCACGGGAAACCCCACACCUGUAUACAGCUGGCAAUCCUCCCAUCCCACUGAGGAGAGGAUGGAGGAUGAGGCAGCUCUCACCUCCGCCUCACUGCUCCCAGGGACCUACAUCUGCACUGCCUCCAACACGCUGGAGAAGAAGAGCAAGCAGUUCAUUGUCAAAGCCAAGACCAAAGGUGUUUGAAACCAGACAAACCAGACAUCUUGAGACUGGAUCAGAUGACCACAUUGGACACACGAGGAGAUUCUAACUAAGCGGAUUUUACUGCUGCAGCUUUGGAGAUGGAAAUGACAAUGCAUCCAUGACUCAACAGAUAUUUAUGAGGAUCUUGCUAUCAGACAGAAUUAGAUGUCUUUUAAAAAAUAUAUAUAUAUUUGAAUAUACUAUGUUUGGUAACUGUCAUUUAAUUUGUCAGUAUUUAACAUGUUUUUUGUGAGAUAGAUUGGUCAUAUAGUUUAUGUGAUAUCAUGUCCCUAGUUUAUAUUUUUCUAGAAUUAUUUUCAUAUUAAUGAAAUUAUCUUGUAACAUUAAGGUAUCUACUCUUGAUAUAGCAAUGAUGACUACA